CGCAAUGGCCACUGGCGGGGAACACAGCACGAUGUCUGUUCCAUGCCAGCAAAGCCCGGCGGUGCUGGCAGGCAGCGUCACUUUGACCGUCCUGGGGGCCUGGAUCCUGUACCUAGCAAAGCCUUCGAGCUACGGGAAGCACACGGAGAGCCUGGUGCCCGGGGCUGCCAGUCUGCCCGCCCGCGCUGCCUGGUUUCUUCAGGAGCUGCCCUCCUUCGCGGUGUCUGCGGGCAUCCUGGCCCGACAGCCCCUCUCUCUCUUCGGACCUCCUAGCACUGUGCUGCUGGGCCUCUUCUGCGCACAUUACUUUCACAGGACAUUUAUUUACUCAUGGCUCAUGCGAGGGAGGCCUUUUCCAGCGUUCCUUCUUUUCAAAGCCUUUGUCUUCUGCACUGGGAAUGGUUUACUCCAAAGCUACUAUUUGAUCUACUGUGCUGAGUACCCUGAUGCAUGGUACAUGGAUCUCAGGUUUAGCCUUGGUGUCUUCCUGUUCUUUUUGGGAAUGGGCAUCAACAUUCACAGUGAUUAUAUAUUGCGCCAGCUCAGGAAGCCUGGAGAACUUACUUACAAGAUUCCACAAGGUGGCUUGUUUACGUACGUAUCUGGAGCCAACUUCCUGGGUGAGAUCAUUGAAUGGAUCGGCUUUGCCCUGGCCACUUGGUCCCUCCCAGCAUUAGCAUUUGCGUUUUUCUCGCUGUGUUUCCUUGGGCUGCGUGCUUUUCACCACCAUAGGUUCUACCUCAAAAUGUUUAAGGACUACCCCAAAUCUCGGAAAGCCCUUAUUCCAUUCAUCUUUUAAAGAAUGUGAUCAUUAUGAUGAAUAAUAAUAAGGAGCAAAGCUCCUACACGCCAAUGAAAACAAUGAAGCUGCUGAACUUCACCACAUGUGUUCCUAAUAGUAGGUCUCCUGGGGAUUGUGACUGGGGUUGGCACAGAGCGUCUUGUACCUUUCCCCAGAGCUCUGUCCUGGUCUCCUGUUGGAGCUACGGAAAGCGCCUUUGUCCCAUGGACACUUUUCCUUUCUUAGCAACUUCUCCUGGAAAGUGCAAGAUUCUCCUGGAAUCUUUGGGUGGGUGAUGCAGGUGUAUGGCCCUGACAUGGUCUCUGUGUCUGUGUGGAGUAACUGGGCAGUCAGAAAUGGUUUGGGUGGAAGCCAGUGCUCAAUGAAGCGACGCGUUUUGUGUGCCUUCCUGGAAGAGUGGAGCUGUACAUUCUGAAACCACACAGCCCUAGAACAAACUUCCUCCCACAUGAAGACCUAGUCAUCUCUUCCUUUCCCUUAAUUUGGAAGACUAUGAAAUUACCAGGCAAACCUUGGAUGAAAGGGCCCUCUCCUUGGAUUGCCGAAAGCAUACUCAUGUGCUGACUCCAUUGCAGAUCUGUGCAUUGCUUCUGUUGUUGAGAGAUUUCUCAAUCCCUAUUACAGUCUAUCCCAGAACAUUGGAAUGGGUGCUUUCUCAGAGUCAGGCUGCUUAGGAGCCAAAGGAAAAAAAAUGUUACCUUGAAUGGCUACUGAGAGAGUCAAGAAGUGUUGCAACCACAAAGGUUGCAAACCUGGGUGUUGGGACACUAACGGGACCGUGCUGAAUAAGGAGACUCUGGAGUGAGAAAGUGACGUUGUACUGUCUCCCAGGAUGUGAAGUGUCUCAGAGGUGCUCAAGAUCUUCCCUCUUCUGGAUAUUUUUUAUCGCAAGCCAUGUGACCUGUCCAAGAUGGUGUGUGUGACCUGGAGACAUGGGCACACCAGCCAUCCCAGGGCCCAUGACCAGGUGCUGGGUUAAGCAGAGAACUGCUAAGAGGCAGCGUCAGUAUUAUUGGUCUCAGGAUUUCUCGUCUGUCUGUGUCUCAUACACACACACACACACACAUCAAGCUAUUUAAAAAUGGGGAGUGUUCUGCUUAAAGCUCUGGUAUUCUGGAUUCCAUAAGUAGCUGGAGAUUGCAGCUAGCCAGCCCCUGCAUUUCCACAAAAAAGACAGAGCUGGUUGUCUGAGUCUGCCCUGCUUUGGGAAGGGAUCAGCUGGCAUGACUGCCACCGUGUCCGGCUCUCUGUGGAAGGGGCGGCGCACUCACAGGUAGUAUCCUUGCAAGUACUUGUCUCCUGGGUUUCUGGUAAGCGCUGGCAGUAGUUAGCAAACAUCGGCUCACAGCGGGAGAUGCUCUGGAAGACUUGGAAGGUCGAAGAUGGCGUGGAUGGCUGAAAGCAGAGACUAAUCAUCUCAAUACACGUUUAUGCUAUUCACGAGAUCUCUCUUGAGUCAUGGAGGCUGAGUAAUUUGCUUUGAAUUAAAAGAUCCUGGGGCUUCUAGAGACAUUCACACUGGAACAAAAUGUGUUCUUUUCUCGAUUCCCUUCUGUCGUUUUGCUUUGCUUUGUUUUAUAAAUUUCCUUUUUUCCCCCCAACUUGAGAUAAGGAGCUGUGGGCUGAAAGGUGAAGAUGCCUGGCUUUUACAGCCCCUCAGCACAGCUCAGUAUCCCAGGGAAGUGCUAGGAGGGUCUGGGAAGCUGUUCAUGGCAUCCUAUUCGUGAGGCUGGCUCUCCUCCUGGUAUGCAGGAAAAUAGGGGAGAAGACCCACUCGGUGAGAUAUAUUUUCUGUAUAACUUGGGCUCUGUGGUACACAAAAAGUCUCGUUCUUUGCAUGGCAUUAGAAACUGCCUUUUGCUAAUAAUCUCUUCUCUGAUUAUCCUGUAAAACGGCCACUGAAAUGUAGCAAGAGUUCAAUUCACAGGAGCUGUGCCUGCAGUCUCAGGAUGGAACGGUUAUUUGGCAAUUGUGUGUUUGUGCCACAAGAGGGCGCUGCAUAGUUUUUUUUUUUUUUUUUUUAAACCAGUCCGUCUGGAGCCUUACAUAGUAAGGAAAAAACAAAACUGAAAAACAGAAAGCCAACCUUAUUGCCACUUGAAGUUAGCACGAUCAAAGGCCUUGUUAAAGACAGUGUAGGCUGAACCUCAUGGAAUCUGAAAUCUUUCCUUGGUGAUCAAACUAUUCUCAAUUCUCUAGGGCUGUUUUUAGCCCUGUGGAUGUGUAUAUGGGCUCAAUAUAAUAAAGUUCUGAAUGCAUGAACCUC